AUGGCCCCUCCAACUGGACCGCGCAAUGGUGCGAACAACGGCCGCGGAGGUGGUGGCGGCAAAGGCUCUGGCCGUGGUGGCAUCGCGAAACGACGCGCAGGUGGAGGUCGAACAGAUCGCGACGGUGACCUCGACAUGGGAGCUGGCACUACAAAAGUGACCAGCGGUAAAAUAUCAAAGAGAACCGAAACUUCCACGAAGUCCACCGGGGCGUCGGGUCGGCCGACCAGGCCAACGCGAAAAGCCCAAAACAUUGUGGAGAAGGCGAUAACACGCGGCUCGGGUAGCUUGUCUGCUCGUGCGCUUGGAGGCAUGGCACCUCCGGGAAGGGGUCUCCGCAGCCAAUCGCAACCAUCUGUCACUCUCAAGGUCGAAGGUCUCAAAUCGAGCAAAGCUGCCUCUAAUGAAGGUGGCGGCCUCAGAGAACUACUAACAUUUAUUGAACGGAAAGCCACGACUGUGGGUAAAGUCUCGCGGCAAGUGCGGGUUAAGAAGUCACAACUGAAAGAUGACUUCGUCCAUAUCACAGCAAGCAAGGAGGACGCAGAGGAGAUCUUGAAACUUAACGGCUUCGGCUGGGCAGGCACGAACCUCACCAUUACCACAACAACGGACAGCCCUCUGGACGGCAGCACCACGCAGAUGUCCUCGACCGCUCUAGAGGUUAAGGAACAGCUAAAGGGCGUCCUUAGCGUCCGUUACAAUGUGGAGGCCAAGCUCCUCGACCUGGGCAACUUGGGCCAGGACCCGAUCUUAAGUCAGAUGGGAUUCUUCGCUGGCGAAAGCAGUCCCGAAAAAAUGUUCCGCGCCCUCAUGGCCAUCUGCGACGGCAUCUUCAAGACCGCGCAGGCGAAGCGGGAAAGUGUCGUCAGCAUCAGUCUUGCAGGCAACAACAUCGACGAUGUCCUCCAAGUUAUGUCCUUGACAGACACGUUCCCCGAUGUCAUCAACCUCGAUCUCAGCAAGAACGCGAUCAAAGACAUCAAGGCUCUGCAAAAGUGGCGGCAUCGCCUGCGUCAUAUGGAGACCCUCCUCUUGAACGACAACCCUAUAGAGACUACGAAUCCCGGCUAUGUGCAGGAAAUUACCGGAUGGUUUCCAAAACUGCAGAAUCUCAGCAAUCAGCAGGUUAGAUCACCUGAGCAAGUUGCUGCUGAGCAAGCCGCAACACGGCCAAGCCCAAUACCACAAAACGGCGCGGACUUCCGAGACAUCAAUCGCAUCGGCGAAGGAUUCAUCACGGAAUUCAUUCAGAUGUACGAUACGAACCGUCCAACUCUGGCCGCCAAGUACUACGACGAUCAAAGUGUCUUCUCGCUGGCUGUCAACACGAAUGCUCCUCAUGCGCCCGACGUCCAGCCGCCGACAUGGUCCGCGUACCUCAAGUUCUCGCGGAAUCACAGCAAGAUCACGCAUGCAUCUGCAAGGUACCAACGCUUGUUUGUCGGCGCGCAUCUGAUUCAAGAAGCAUGGAAACAGCUGCCCCUCACAAGACACCCGGACAUCGCCACGCAAUUCGACAAAUACAUUAUCGACUGCCAUCCAAUACACGGUCUGGCCGAUCCCUCUGGCCAAAGUCCCCUCGGUGUGGACGGCAUGACCAUGACCAUUCACGGCGAACUCGAUGAUCAGGAACCGACCAGCAAGAAAGAAGCAAAGCGGAGCUUUUCUCGCACAUUCAUUUUAGGCCCUGGCGCGCCUGGCCAAAAUCCCAUCCGUGUCAUCAGCGACAUGUUAUCGAUGAAGGUGUACAAUCCCCUGCCGACCGCUGCGGCUGACGCAGGUACUCAAGCUCCGACGGCGGCCAUCACAGCUCCGGUGACCCAGAUCCCACCUGCGAGUACAGAUGCCGAGAAGGAGCAAUUCAUCAUGGAGCUCUGUAAAAGAACAAACAUGGUUCCGGAGUAUUCCAGGUUUUGCCUCGAGACGGCAAAUUGGAACUUUGAUCAGGCCUUGGUCAUCUUUGCAGAGAAAAAGGCACAACUACCCCAGGAAGCAUUCAUCGCAGGUGCAGCAUAG